ACCAAACCAAGUUCAAUAGAAAAGUGUAGAGUCUGAUCGAUCAAAUCGAAUAAAUGGGUCUUGGUUUUUGAUAUGGGAGAGGCUUUUGGGUUUUGGGUUCACAUAGACUUAAGCAAUGAAAGGCGUCUACUCGGCCCCCGGAGAUUACAUCUACUUCAAGUCCCAGGUUCCUCUUCACAAGAUCCCAAUUGGCACAAAGCAGUGGCGAUACUAUGAUUUUGGUCCGAAAGCAGUAACUCCACUUAUUUGUCUUCCUGGAACAGCAGGGACGGCGGAUGUCUGUUACAAGCAGAUCAUGGCAUUGUCCAUGAAGGGUUACAGAGUAAUUUCUGUUGAUAUUCCAUGUGUAUGGAAUCACCAAGAAUGGGUUCCAGCAUUUGAAAAGUUCUUGGAUGCUAUUGAUGUUCAUCAUAUACAUCUUUACGGUACAUCCCUUGGGGGGUUUUUGGCUCAACUUUUUGCUCAGCAUCGUCCAAGACGGGUUCGGUCUUUGAUACUAUCAAAUUCCUUUUUGGACACACGCGAGUUCUCUGCCGCAAUGCCAUGGGCUCCCAUAGUUAGUUGGACCCCCUCUUUUUUGCUAAAAAGAUAUGUCUUGUCAGGCAUCCGUGAUGGACCCCACGAGCCAUUUAUUGCGGAUUCGGUGGACUUUGUUGUUUCGCAGGUUGAAACACUCUCAAGGGAAGAUUUGGCUUCCAGGUUGACAUUAACAGCUGAUGCUGCUGCAAUUGAACCUCUUUUGCUCACAGACUCAUUCAUCACUAUAAUGGAUACAAAUGACUACAGUGCGAUUCCUCAACAACUUAAAGAUCAACUGAGUGAAAGGUACCCUGGCGCAAGACGUGCACAAUUAAAGACCGGGGGAGAUUUUCCAUUUCUUUCUCGCCCAGAUGAAGUCAACUUACAUCUUCAGCUACACUUAAGACGAGUUGGUGUGGAACCUCGACCUGACUUGGUUCCAGGCAGCUCCAAAGGAGGUAGUGGUGGUGGGAGCUCAAGUGAAGAGAAUGAGAAAAGAGAUCAGGACAAAAAAGAUCCGGAUGAUCCAUCCAAGGAGGACCGGGGAAAUUCAGAAACUUCUAAUGAAGAACGUCAGAUCCCACCACCUUCAGAAAUUUCAGAAUCUCAUAGCUUAGAAGACCAGCUUGUCAGCAAUGCAAAGUUUUGCCCCUUGAGUAACGAACACAUGGUAGUUUCGUUGCUAUUUGAAUUCUUUAAGAAACAACACACUGUACCCCCUGAAAUAGUUAUGCGAUUGUGGGAAACAUUUGCUCUUCAUUUGCUUUCUUUAUGUGUGAGAUCUUUGUACAUUAGUUCAAACUGUAAUCAGAAGCUUAGACAAGUCUUGUAAAUUGGAACAUCUUGACAUCGUUGCUGUUUCUCAUUUGUGUAAUUGUUCAAAGUUUGGUCUCA